GUUCUUCAUGAGCAAGACAUUGGUUAAGCUGACACUGGGGACACGAGUUUCUUUUGGAAAGUUUCCCUCAGAUUUGUCUCUUCCAGCACUUAAGAGUCUCAUCUUGGACUCGGUCAUUUUCGAAUAUGAAGAUCUGUGUCAUGUGCUUCUUCCUGGUUGUCCGGUGCUCGAGGAUUUAGUCGUACGUCACAAGUACUUCGAAGCACUCCCAUACUGCAUAUCGAGUCGGAGCAUCAAGAAGCUAUCAGUUCACUACGAUUGUGAGCUUGAAAUUGGUCCUGAUAGUAUUAUGUCAUUUGAUGCCCCAAGUCUUGUGUCCUUGGACUACUCCGAUUAUGCCUUGGCUAUAUACGAACAAGUUAACUUGGCUUCCCUAGUGGAAGCUAAGAUGGAUAUUCGUUAUUCUAAAAGAAUCGAGAGGCCUGAUGUAUCAAGUCUCAUUGAAGGGAUAUGCAACGUGGAGACCCUGCAUCUUUCUCCAGGUUCUGCUGAUGUGAUUUUUCGAUGUGUUAAACGUGGAAUACUUCUACCGGUGUUCAACAAUCUGGUAAGCUUGUCUUUUGGGAGUAAGAAUAAACGAGGUUGGAAACUGCUGCCAUAUCUGAUUGAGCAGUGUCCAAAGCUGGAAACUCUAAUCAUUCAGGGGCUGGAUAGUUACAGAGGGGAUGUGACCUUUCAUCCAUCCCAGGUGAAGGUGUUGCGUGUUCUUGGUUAUGGAGGAACCGCUAAAGAGUUGGAAGACUUGAAGAAAUUGAUUGGGGAAUCGGAAUGCCUUGAAGUGGUGCAAGUGGAGGUUGUGCAAGGUGUUGUGGUAGAUGGUGGCGUUAUAUCGCAAACAUACAACGAUCUAAGGAGGCUCCUUGGUGUUUCACUUCCAUCCAAGUGCAAGAUCACGGUCGCAUAA